AUGGCUCCUGCUGCAGCUCAUGCUGCCGAGGGCAUUGCUUCGCCCAUCAAUGUUGAUUUGAUGCAGCCCUUCUGGCGAAGGAAAAAUGGCAUCUUGCUCUACUUCCUGCUCACAUCGUCAUUGCUAGCUAGUGCUGCACUUGGUAUAGAUGGGGCACUCCUCAAUUCGUGGCAAGAUAGAUUCGGACACCCCGAAGGGGCCAAACUUGGCUUUUUUGGAGCUUCAAACGCCAUCGGAGGCGUCAUUCCCUUCAUCUUUCUCAGCUGGAUCGGUGACAAAUGGGGCCGUCGUCUGCCCACCGCUUUGGGAUCAGUUGUGAUCAUUGCCGGAGUCCUCAUCGAGUUUUUCGCUACCUCUUUGAACAUGUACAUUGGCGGCAAGAUAAUCCUGGGUGUUGGCUCCUCAUUGAUCCAAAUGGGAGCACCGGUCUUGGUCACUGAAUUGUCUCACCCGAAGGAGCGCGUGCAGGUUACAACUUUCUACAACACAUCAAUCGUGCUGGGCUAUGUCAUUGGGGCAUGGGCCACUUUUGGCUGUUAUCGUAUCAACAGCCAGUGGUCAUGGCGCCUGCCGACGCUCAUUCAAAUUUUUCCAUCGGCCUAUCAGUUCUGCCUCAUUUGGUUCUGUCCAGAGUCUCCACGAUGGCUCAUUGCAAAGGGCCGAGUGCAGGAGGCGCGUGAGAUUUUGAUCAAGUUUCAUGGCGAAUGCGAUCCCAACUCGGAGCUGGUCGAAGUGGAAUGCGCUGAGAUCCAGCAGGCCAUCAUCAAGGAGGCCGAGAAUAAUAUGACAUGGCGAGACUUUUUCUCUUCCAAGGCCAACCUGAAGCGCAUCUUCCUUUGCUUUGCAACAGCGCUCUUCAGUCAGAGUUCCGGAAACCUGCUCGUCUCGAACUACUUGACUCAGAUCUUGAAGGAUACUGGGUUGAAAACCAAGUACGAGAUUACUCUGGUCAAUGGCAUGGUCACUCUUUGGCAGUAUAUUGUGGCUAUCUUUGUCACUUUGAUCAUUGAUCGCUUCCGCCGUCGCUUCUUCUUCCUGACAGGCUCGGGCGGUGUUCUUGUCACGUUUAUCGUCUGGACAAUUGCAGCCCAGCAGUAUCUCGAACAUAAUUCGCUUGCCGCGGGUCGACUGGUGAUUGCGUGUAUCUUCAUCUUCCAGGCCUUCUACACCUUUGCGUGGACCAACUUGAUUGUGACCUAUCCACUUGAGCUGGUCACCUUGCAGAUGAGAGCCAAGGCUUGGGCAUUUGUUCUGUUGACCAUUCAAGUUUCUUCAAUCUUUGGAAGCUACGUGAAUCCAAUUGCGCUGAAGAAUAUUGGAUGGAAGUUCUAUAUCUAUUACUGUGUGUGGGUAUUCAUCGUCCUCUUGGUUGUGUACUUCUUCUUCGUUGAGACGGCCGGUCCGACACUGGAAGAGCUUGCCUAUCCCUUUGAAGGUGAGGAUGCGAAGAAGGAGCUGGUGCAUCAAAUUCAAGACAGAAAGCAGGAGAUAUCUUAUGAAGAGCACGUGGAAGAUAAGCAGGCUUGA